UCACUUUUAGGGACAUGUCAACUGGGACACUGCAGUUCCCGCAAAUCUUGGGUACAUGGCCUCCAUUUUGUGGAACCAAAACAACUGCGCAGCUGAAGGUGGACCGGCAACUACUGGGUACGAGGUCCAGGUUGGUGGAGACCUGUGUGAAAUGGUCGGCCUGAACAGGGAUACCAGCUUAGGGCAUUUGGUAGCUGGAGGAUCUGUCGCUAACAUUGAAGCGAUAUGGGUGGCAAGAAAUCUUAAGUACUACGCACUGGGACUUCAAGAAGCAUUGCUAAAGGAAGAACAGUUAAGAGACGCACGUGAUUACGAGAUACACCUUCCUCAGAAUAAUACUCCAAUUCUUUUGAUCAACGCUACACAAUGGGAACUCCUCAAUCUGGAUACUGACAUAAUCAUCAAGAUGCCCUCUGAGGUGGCAACCCUGGCUAAAAUUGAUCAGGCAGCGCUUCGGAAAAUCUUGGCUGACUACCUCUACGAGUCCAUCGGUGCUCAGGAAUUCUGCAAUCGUCAUAUGCUAACUACAACACCUUGUGUUGUGGUUGCUAGUACCUAUCAUGUGUCCCUCCUCAAAGCGGUAACCAUCACGGGUCUUGGAAAAGAGUGUCUGGUGACAGUUCCUUUAGAAUUUCGCGAAUGGCUGGAUACGUUUGCCCUCUCUUACGGCGCCACAAGUUAA